AUGAAACCAACAGAAUCCACGUCCGGAAAUUCCGUAUCACCAACAGAGUCGACGACCGGAAGUACCUUAUUACCAACUGAAUCGAUGACCGGAAGUACAAUGAAACCAACAGAAUCCACGUCCGGAAGUACCUUGUCGACAACUAAAUCUACAACAGAGUCCCGAACUAACGCCCCCAGUGUCCACAGUGUUGUUGUAUUGCUGGUGGUGUUGGUGGGUGUGAUGGUCUUCACUACACUGCUAGUGACCUGCCUCCUCUGUGUGUACAGGAAACCCUGGAAAAGGGACCAGUCUUCCAUCGUAUCGCCCAACACGUGCACACACUUAAACCACGCGAGUGCACCUGUUGUUGCCAACCUAUACUCUGACAUGACCUCUGGAGACGAGAAUGUGGUGCAUAUGUCCAGUUUGGAGAACAUUGGGCCGAUGGCAGAUAGUGACCACUGGCCUACCCUCACUGUCCGCCAGGGACACAGUGCAGUGAAGUACAGUGUGAGUCGGGUGGAGAACGGUGAAGGAGGUUGUCCAGGAGACAGUGCGUACGCCCAACUGGACAUCCCCAGGCGUGAAAGGGACAGUGCAGACUACUGGGAGGUGGAGGUUGGGGAGGAGGACUCCUUCUGUGUUGUCCAUUCUCAGGUAAACCAUGAUGACGUCAUGCUACAGGAGCUGACCCUACAGAAGACAUCGCAGACAUGCCACAUAGCAGCUUCACCCACAGAUCAUCCCCCACGUCAUCUUCGUACCUGUGAGAUGGGAUUUGCCGGAUCUGAUAACGGAGACGUGUUCGAAGAAAGUUCAAUAUAUGAACCCCUCUCCACCUUUAACCGCCUUUCGGUACGACGAACAGAUGAAACUUACACGUCCUUUGAGCAGCAGGAACUUAAUGUCAAGCCAGACAUUCAGAAAACGAACAAGAGCUAUUACUUCGAAAAGGAGCCCCUUUAUUUGAAAAAUGAAAGUAAAGCAGCUUUUGAUAAACUCAGUUAUACAUCUGAAAACACAGAUAACCCUUAUAUAUAUCUCAGCAGAACUGAACUACGGGUGACCUUCACCCAAGACUGUGACCUUCAAGAACAGUGUGAAAGGUCCGACACUAUACAUGGCCGUCAUGACGAUCACCAAACAGUGACAGAAGCAGAUGAGGACAAAAAAUCAGGACAUUCAAGAACGCACUGGGCGAAAGAACAGGCAUGACUACUUCGAAUUAGAAGCCGUCCGAUUUCCACAAUACAAAGAUGCUAGUGUCUCUCCCCGUCACGAGGAUCUACCAGAAUAUAUUGAGCACACAACCUAUCACACUUCUACGUG